AAAUAGCACCUUUUAUUGGAUAUGCCCAAACUUUUAUAAAGAAAAAAAACAUCUUCAAGAAUAUAAAAUAUCGAAGAUGAUUGAGGAAUUUUUAAAUUUCCAUAGUUUAGGAUACGCUCAUAAAAACAAACAUGUGAUAGAAAUGUCUAAAUCAAACCCUCUAAGAUAUACAUAUAAACAUUUUGGAUAUAUAAGAGAUAUGCUGAAGCUUCCUUUUCGCGUAGACAUAUAUAACAGAUUUAAAAUCUUAGAAAAUGAAUUUCUGGUCACAGAAAUAAUUGAACAAAUGUACAAAGCUUUUUUCUGCGACAACAAAAAGAAAAGCAAGAAACAUACUACGAGUAGUCUAGAGGGAAAUGAAUAUAAAAAAGAAGAAAUGAAUAAAGAGAAGAAAGAUACUCAUGAGAAAAAAAAAAAUAGUACUAAUAUUAGUAAACAUAUUAAUAAUUAUUCUAAAGAUAUUUAUAAUUUAGUUAAUAACAACGCGAAGGAAUACAAAGAUAAGCAAGUUUUACAUAGAGAAGUGAGUUCAGAAAAACUAGCUUUUUUUCCUAAGGAAUAUACAAAAAAACUUAAGCUAGAAGUUGUCUUAGGGGAUAAAUAUGAUAUAAAACAUGUUGAUAGAAAUAAUAGGGGACACGUUAGUCCACAGAACGGGAGUAGUAAGAAAGAACAAGUUACAGAUGAAGAGAAUGAUACACAGGGACGUAUAAAUAAUAUUUGUAAAAAUAUUGAAACAGAUGAAAGUGAAGAAGAAUAUGAUGAUUAUUAUGAUUAUGAUGAACAAGGAGAAAAAGAUGUAGAGGAGGAAGAUGUAGAAGAUAGAGAAGAUAAAGAAGAUAGAGAAGACAUAGGUAAAGUAUAUAAAAAAUAUGAAAGAGUUUCAGACAUUAAACAUGUUUUAAUAGAAGAGGUUCCUAAAGAAUUUGAACAAAAUAAUCCUUUUAAUUAUAAACAUUCCAAAUAUAAUUUUACUAAAGAAAUAGUAAUAAUAUCUUCAUCUAUCUUUUUUGGACAUAUGGAAAACAUGUUUAACUAUAUUUUUUAUUUUGUGUGUCUUCUUUUGGUUAUACAAAUAUUGUUAAUACUUUUAUAUAUAUAUAUCAAAACUAAUGAUGAGGUUUCUAUAAUACUCAAGGAUAUGGGGCAUACUGAGGAAAUGUCUAAGUAUCUUAAGAGACUAUCAAAAUAUGUGAUGAAUAAAAAGUAUGUUAAUACGAACAUGGAACAUUUUAAAACAGGCAGGCACAUGAGUAGUGUUAACUAG